GCCGCGGCCUUGGCGCGGCAAGAUGUAAACGUUGAGCUCUAACAGAACGUAUACUUGUCCCGCUGGAGUUCCCCGUCGACGCAUUGCCCGUGUACUUCCGUUGCAUGUUCCACGAUGUCUACCAUAGCCUCUCCUCGGCCGUCAUCGUCCAUCCGCUCGCCAUCCUCUACUCGUACGUCAAUUGACACCGCAGCGAGACCACCAGCCAAUUCCCGUCGUAACCGCGCUGCACUUCGGGACUAUUACGGUAUCAAGAGUGCCAGCAAAGGCGCUGAUACCAAGAUUUCUGAAGAAUCAUCACGGACGGAGCUUGGCCCAGAUGUCGAGGCCGAAACUCUGAGCGAAUUGGAUUCGGAAACUUUUGACGCUGAGGCAUACGUCAACACCAUACUCGCUACGCGCGGACUGUCAGAAGUACUCAAGACUGAGGCAGACCUACUGUCCCGUACGUAUACCAUCCUCUGCAACUUAUUCUGGCGGAUUAUUAUUAACUGCAGGCCAGAGAUACGGAACCUUGACAGUGACCGGAAAUCUCUCGUUUACGACAAUUACUCUAAACUUCUUGCCGCCACAUCGACGAUUCGGAGAAUGCGCACGAACAUGGACCCUUUGGCCCCCACCACACAUACCCUCUCGCCUGCUAUAUCGCACAUCGCGGAGACUGCAGCAUCUAUCUCCUCCUCGGCGCAUGCCAGCGUUGCACACCCGGCUGGUCUAGGGAUCCAGGUCCGGAUCGAUGAGCCAGGUCACCAGUCUGGCAGCGACAAGGACCGCCAGAAAGAAAGGGCCACUGUUCUGUGGGUUUUGGAUACCCCGCGGCGAUUGAAUGCUCUGUUGGCCGAGAGAAGGACCAAGGAAGCUCAAGAAGAUUGGGCAGAGGUCAGCCGAUUGCUCCAGAAAUGGGGAAAGGUGAAUGGCGUUGGAGAACUGCGCACCGCUUGCGAGAACAUCAUGGAUGCGAUUCAAGAUCCGCCCGAGGCUGGCUCCUAAUGAUGCCCUGCGUGCAUCAAUCAUCAUUGCCGGAGUUGUCCAUCAUUAUCCCAGCGCAGCUUUCGAUGGGGUCUGGAUGUUCAAAACGACUCUUUAUCGAUAACGAUUCAGCCCGUCGCACACCCCUGAUCAUCCGAGCCGAGCCGAGACUCGGCGUCGCUCAACAACUUGUCACAGCGAUGCUCGAACC